CCGAAAUGUGCCGGCCCGCGGCCAUCGGCUCUCCCGGCAUCCCCGGGGUCCCGCUAUCGCGCCACACUGCGUGACUCUGCCGCCCCCUGUGGUCGCCAGGCUUGCGCCUCUCUCCCGCCUCGACUCUCCAGAGCUCGAAGCCCCAGGAUCCACGGAGCUGGUCUAAGCACUCACCUGUGAGCCAUGGAGGCCCUGGGGCCUGGGGGCGACCGCGCCUCCCCAGCCUCGUCCACUCGCAGCCUGGACCUGCGGCGGCUGUCCGAGCGCGCCGACUCGGCCUACAGCUCUUUCUCCGCGGCCUCCGGCGCUCCAGAGCCGCGCACGCCGUCGCCUGGAACUGACCUCCUCCCUUAUCUAGACUGGGACUACGUGCGCGUGGUGUGGGGUGGCCCAGCCUCCGCCGCGCCCGCCGCCGGCCUUCGGGCGUCCCCGCAGCCCCGGCCCGCGGCCGCCGCGCGCAGUGGGCUGCGGCUCCCAGAAGUCCAGGGAACGUCGGGGCCGCUCAGCCGGCAGGCCACCCCGCUGCUGUUUGCUCUGGCGGCCGAGGCGGAGGCGGAGGCGCGGGCCGUCGAGCCGCCCAGCCCACCGGCCUCGCGGGCUGCCUACCGCCAGCGGCUGCAGGGCGCGCAACGGCGAGUGCUCCGGGAGACGUCCUUCCAGCGCAAGGAGCUCCGCAUGAGCCUGCCCGCCCGCCUGCGGCCCGCUGCACCCGCGCGGCCCCCCGCGGCGCACCCGCGCUCCGCCUCGCUCAGCCAUCCGGGCGGGGAAGUGGAGCCGGGGCGCUCUGGGGCUCCCGCGCGGGGACCAGUCGGCCGGGGGCGCCUAGCCACCCAGCAGCGGAAGUGGUGCUUCUCUGAGCCAGGGAAGCUGGAUCGCGUGGGUCGAGGCGGUGGAUCUGUGGGGGGAUGUUCGAGUGACGCCUGCUCCAGCUCUGGCUUUGCCGGGCCCGAGCCCCAGGAGCGCAGGGUGCUGGCAGAGUUGGAAGAUCACCAGAUCAGAUGGCUGCCUGAGACGCAGCCUCGAGGCACAGAGGAUCCAGAACCGCGGUCCCUGAAGUUCGGUGACGCCCAUAGGCCUUCCAGUCGGAGUCGGAGCGCUUCAGGCGAAGUCUUGGCUCCCUGGGGAGGUUCAGGAGGGGUCACGCCCGUUGUUCAGGUUGCUCCCCAAGGAGCAGAAACCCCCAGACUGUUGUUUCAGACCAAACUUUCCAGGUUCCUGACUCAGAAGGAAGCUGCAGUGUUGUGUCCUGCCGAGUGCCUCCAGAGCAGUCCUGCAGGCCGUGAACAGAGGGUCUCAGAGACAUGCCUUGGGUCUGCCCGACUCCCUUCCCUUCCUGAUGAUGAAGUUUUCCUGGAAGACGUCCCCUUGGUCAGAAUGAGAUCACCUCCAGACACCCAUGCGCCCACAGGAAACCCAACCAGUGUCCAUGUCUCUGACCAGCAGUAUGAAACCGGCUUGGGCCAGGGGGUUGACCAAGCUGGAGUCCCCCCAGAGCACCCCCUCCAUGAGCACCCAGAGACUGCAGGGGCAGAUGACAGCUGGCGGAGGAUAAAUGGUUCUGUGAGCAUUUCCAGGACUACAUGCUGUAGCCCCCCUGGGACUGCAAAUGGUGACAUUCCAACCUUCAACCCCACUGGACUGCUGACCAUUGACCCACUUGCAGCUACAGACCCCCUCAAACCUCUUCCAGUUGAUGUCCUGGAACCUCCAGGCAACAGUACCCCAGGUGCUCCUGGCCGUACUUCCCUAGCUUGGGGCACUGGCCAGCCUGUUUCCAGGCCAACAUGGCACAGUCUGCGCCUUGAGGAGCUGGUUCAGGAGCUGGCCAGACUGGAUCCCUCUAUGAGUGACACACUCACUUCCUGUCCCAGUCCAGAGCCACCCCUGGGUCUGCUAGAUGGGCUGAUUCCUUUAGCUGAGGUCUGGGCUGCGAUGAGGCCAGCCGGUGAGGAGGCUGGAAAGGACGCUGCUGGUACUCCUGAGCCAGGGUGCUAUCUAUUUAGCUCCAGCCAGCUCUGGCCAACUUCUCAGGAGAUGAGGUCUGAAAACCAUACCACCCACCCUGUGCCUGACCAACCCUGUGGUCAGGGUCUCCCUGAUCCAAACAGCAUCGAAGCCAAGAAAAUGGAGCUAGCCAAUCUCCUCCAAAAGAUGCUGCGGGACCUUCAGGCAGAACAGGAGCGGCUGCACCGGGUGGCCCAGGAUUGGGCCAGGCGCGGGGCUGCUCUGGAGGCCGUGGUGGGCCAGACCUGUGCACCCGGCGACCUAGAGCGGUUCAGCAGGUUCAUGGCCGACCUAGAGCGCGUGCUUGGCCUGCUGCUGCUGCUGGGCAGUCGCCUGGCCCGCGUGCGCCGCGCCCUGGCCCGGGAGGGCGCAGACGGCGACCCAGACGAGCAGGCCUCUCUGCUGCAGCGACUCGGUCUCCUGAAACGGCAGCAGGAAGACGCCAAGGAGCUGAAGGAGCACGUGGCGCGGCGCGAGCGGGCCCUGCGGGAGGUGCUGGUGAAGGCCCUGCCCGCGGAGGAGCUGCGCGCCUAUCGCGCCUUGCUGGCGGGCAAGGCCGCCGUUCUGGCCCAGCAGCGCAGCCUAGACGAGCGGGUCCGGUUCCUUCAGGACCAACUGGACGCCGUCAGGAGCGACCUUGGCCGUCGUCCCCUGCCUCCCAGGAUGACCUUGCCCCCAGAGACCCGUUCUCCAGAUAAACCGUCUUUCCCUCUGCCCCUCAUCUAAUUACAGGCAGUGGGGGUGGGGAGCAUUUCUCUGCGCCUCACCGACAUAACUGGGGGUGACGCUUGUUUACUCGGUGCUUUUCCCUUGGGGCGGGGAAGACCCUGACCGGGUCUUCCCAAAAUUCUUCUAAGUGUUUUCAUGUGGUCUUACCCAAGUCUUGUGGAUUAUUUGGUAAUUAAUUUAUGGAUUUUUACAACUGCAGUAUUUCCCCUUUUUGUGAUGAGAGACUCAGUCCAGGCUGGUUGGAGGGAGAGGAGACAAAUUAGAGGAGCAUUUAAAUUUAAGAUGAAAAA